AUGAUGAAAGUAAAUCGAAACUGUCCAGCAACACCAUCGACAGAUGAAUUAAAACCAUCAAUAUUUACACCAAAAGAACGAACAUCAUCAAUCAUCCCUAAUGAAUUAACUAGUGAAAUUAAUCCUAGUGCAUAUGCUCUUAAUCUAACACAUAUAACAGGACUUCAUACACCAAUAAAUAGUUUAUCAUUAAAUGAACAAUUACGUCUUGAACGUGACAUAGCUCAUCAAUCAUCGGUUAUAACACGAGAUUCAUUUACAACAACAUUUUCAAGUUUACAAACAAUGCUUUCACAAAUGCAAUUAAAAGUUGCUGCUGCGUUUUUACAAGAAACUGAAUAUUUACAACAACGUGAACAAAGACUUGAAUAUGAAGAACAAUUAUUAGUAGAACGUAAUCGACAAUUAGAAAAUUUACGUCAUGAACGAGAACGUAUGGAAGAAGAUUUUAUUCAAAUAAAAAAUCGUCUUGAAACAGCUGUUAUACAAGUAACAAAAUUCAAAACACAUGGAGCAGAAAUUUUACAAACAUUAUUUUCAGAAUCUCGUCAAAUAGAUGAACAAUUAUCUGAACUUAUAUCUGAAUCAAUGGCAUCACUUACUCGUACAAGAUCUAUAAUUAAUUCUAAAAAAAAUAAUUUUAUUGAAAAAUCUGAUGAAGUUCGUUCAGAAUUAAAUGAUCGUACAACAUUAAUACGUAAUACGGAAUUAACUAUAACAAUGAUGCUUGAAUUAAUUAAUGUUUUAAAUCAAUUAAAUAUUGAACAUUCUCAAGAUCUUUCAAUUGCUAAAACAGAUUUUGAUAUAAAAAAUCAAGAUUUUAUUGAUUUAUCUCAAACAAUAAAACAUAAUUGGGAUAUUAAAAAAGAAAUUGAACAAAUAAGUUUAUUAGAAAAUGAAAAAAUUCAAGUACACAAAGAAUUAUUAGAACAAACAUUAUUACUUGAAAAUCUUAAAACUGUUUUAGGAAAAGCGAUUAUUUCUUAA